AUGUCUGACCUCACAACCUGGGCUACGCCUCGGCUGAGCCAGCUGCUCCCGCUGGAUGAAGAAUCAUUAAAGCAAGUCAUCGAAUACUCGGCCAGUCUUUCGAAAGAGGCCUGUGCCGAGAACUUGAAAAGCCUGGUUGGCGAUUCCCCCGCAGCUCUCGACUUUAUCGCCUCAUUUAAUGCCCGUCGCGACCCCCGCCCGCGCGCCACAUCUACACGAACCGACACCGCUAGCGAAAGAUCGAAAGGGAGGAAUAAAAAGGAGAAGAAGUCACUACACAAUGCUGGCCCGCCGCGUCGACCAGACAAUUACGGUGACGUAGGAGGUGGCUACAUGAAGUCCAGAGCGGAGGAGGACUACAUGUCCGCCAGCAAGUCGAUCUUCAAUACUCCCAACCUGCCUGUACCUGGGACCUCUGCAUCAUCUCGCCCGCAGCCAUCCCCGGCCCCGGCUUCAGCCAUCUCGAAACCGCCUCCGUCUGCUUCCGGGCCUGUCCUUUCCGAUAUGCUGCCAAAUGUGCGAUCCAAGACGAGCAAGCAGAAACAAGGCGGAGGCACAGUAGGUUCCUCAAAGGGUGGUGCAGCCCUCACAACCAACAACAUCUCCGACUUGACGGCCGCAAUUGCAGCAUUGGAACUUUCGACCAACCCCACCAAGAGCACUGAAAAACGGAAAUGUAACUGCUACGCUUCAAUUCAUCCGCUAUUCGACCCAGCCCCCAAUUGCGUCAAAUGCGGCAAAAUUAUCUGUUCCCUCGAAGGCUUACAACCGUGCUCGUUCUGCGGCACACCACUCCUCUCACCCGAAGAAGUACAGGAUAUGAUUAGAGAGCUACGAGAGGAGCGCGGUCAGGAGAAGAUGCGAGCUCAUAAUGAAGGUGUUCACCAUCAAGGAGGGCCGAAACCCACAGGAUUCGGGUCCUCUUCUCCAGACAAGCUCGACGCAGCUAGAGCCCAUCGAGACAAGCUGCUCCAGUUCCAAGCACAGAACGCUCGUCGGACCAGGGUCGUUGAUGAGGCAGCCGACUUCGAGACCCCGAAUGUCGCCUCAACGAUAUGGAUGAGUCCGGCACAGCGAGCACUAGCACUGAAGAAGCAGCAGCGCAUACAACGCGAGAUGGAAGAGAAAGCUCGCCCAGAUUGGGAGAAGAAGAAGACUGUGAUGAGCCUUGAUAUCAAAGGCGGCAAAGUGCGGAAAGUGUAUCAAUCCGCACCGGUGGAGUUCACACCAGAGCCUCAUGAGGCGGACUCGAUGAAUGUCGAUGACUCCGAGGAAGCUCCGGCAUCGAGGGGAGGUCAUGCCUUCAGUCGCAACCCUCUUCUUGCUGCAGGCGGGUUGAUGCGUCCAGUCUGGAAGGCCCCAACCGGCAAAAGCGUAGACGGAGCCGAGCGAGCGGAAAGGAAGCAAACAUGGAGACGCGUGCAGGAUGAUAAUGACGACAACGAGCAGUGGAUUUUAGAUGGUGGAUUGCAUGGAAACAACACAUAG